AUGAAUAUUUAUCCAUUGAGCAAGGACGCUCGCGUUCUUGCAGAGAAUAUUCCUCCCGAUAAAGGUAGCAAAAAAGCGAAAUCCAAGACAACUAUUGGCAAGCUCUUGCACGAUGCUUGUUUUAAUGAUAAUGAAUCUGAUGAUCGAAUUGCGGGAUAUCGCGGUGAAGACAUUGUUCAGCCAGACUCAUCACAUAUGGCUUCCAAAAGCAACGAUGCAAAACCCACUACCCUUGUAACCAAUAUUGAAGAAUUGCCUUCAAUUGACGUCAACAAUUUAAUGAAUGCUAACUCGGAGCAAAUUCGUGCAAUACCUACUGCAGCAGAAACGGUGUGCAAUAUGGAUCAGGAGGAAAAUAUCCCGACUGAAGACGAAGAUUUUCAACUUGUGCAAAAGAAACGAAAAAUUGCAACUAUUACCAGAAAACCUAAGCAACUAGCCAGCAGCAGCACACACCACCAGCAGCAACAACAACACCAACAGUAUCAACAAUACAAUCACAGCCAACCGCAACCACCACAUCAAACAACAUCGUUGACAAAUGUAGCCGCCAUUGCAUCAACGCAGCAGCACCAUGCCAACAAUUUAUCCUCAUCCACAACGCAUAUUUCUCCACAUCCUUACCAGCAACCGCCUCAACAUCAUCACCCGCAUCAGUACCAAACAACGUCACAGCACCAGCACCACCACCACCAACAGCAGCAGCAACAUCAUUCAUCCCAGCAACAUUUACAUCAUGGUGAAUUCCCGCUGCCCGAUGGUUGGGAUAUUGCCAAGGAUUUCGAUGGCAAAAUCUAUUAUAUAGAUCAUAAUACGAAAAAGACAACGUGGCUGGAUCCGAGAGACCAAUAUACCAAACCCCAAUCAUUUGAAGAUUGUGUCGGCGAUGAGCUGCCCAUUGGCUGGGAAGAAGCCUAUGACCCGAAUAUCGGCCGUUAUUAUAUCAAUCACAUUGCCCAAACCACCCAAUUGGAAGAUCCCCGCCAAGAAUGGAAAAGUGUACAGGAACAAAUGUUAAGGGAUUAUCUAUCGGCGGCCCAAGAUCAACUGGAGAAUAAACGUGAAAUGUAUGACAUUAAACAACAGCGAUUGCUAAUAGCCCAAGAGGAAUAUAAUAAUUUGAAUAAAUUGGCCGCCAGCAGAAGUAGUUUAUGUUCCUCAACAUCCUCGAUGAGUCGACAUGAUCCCGAAUUGCUGCGAGCCGAUUUGAAAUUGGCCAAAGAACGUGUCUGCCAGCUGAAACAUGAACUAAAUCACAUUACCAGCGACAUUUCGUAUACACAACGUGGCAUGAAUACCCUAUAUUCGGUGGGUGAGAAAAUCAAUGCCCGGCAAAAUGGUUGUUAUGACAUAGCCGAGGUGCAGGCGAUUCGCGAAGAAAUGCUAAAAGUUCACAAAUCGUUGGUGUCGGGCGAAAAAGUACGCGAAGAAUUAAUACGUAGUCUGGUGCAAAUAAAGAAUGAACUUAGUCGACAGCAGAUCAAUGAAGAAAAUGCAGAGUUGCUGAAUGCCUCAUCACCCUUUGAUCGGGUAUGUGUUGCGUCACAAACGGACCUGUGUGGUCCAGGGGAUAAUCUCAAUAGUGGAGCAAGGUUUGCUGAAAUGGCCAAAACAAAGCUACAAUAUACCGAAUGGCGUAAACACAUUCGACGCCUGCAACAGCAAUUGGCCGAUCAUGUGGAACGCAUAGAACCUGGUCAAUUGGAAUCCGAUAAAGAUCGGAUUUUGUUGAUUCAAGAGAAGGAGAAAUUGUUGAAUGAGCUGAAUAGCAUAUCGCUGAAGUCCCGCACCCCCGAAGAAAUCCACAUAAUACAGGAGACACGAAGAAAACUGGAAGAAGAUUUGAAGGAGGCCUACGAAGCUACCAAUCAACAAAUCAAUAAUCGCCUGCGUUUUCAUGAAGAGAAGCAACUGCUUUUGGAUAAAUUGCAAGAGGCUUUAAAAUCCACAAAAAUGCUGGAAGAACGUUUAAAAUCGUUCUCCUCGGAAAGUACAUUCUCUAUUAGCAGUGGCUCAAGUUUGGGUUCUUUGUCGACGGCGAGCAGUAAAAGUGCUCUGAGUUUUACAGAUAUUUACUUGGAUCCAUUCACUGUAGAUCCACAAAUCGAUUUGGUGGAUUUACAUCGUCGUUCACAGCGGCUAUUCCAACAACAACAGCAGCAGCAACAAAACCAACAACAACAGGUGCAAGCUUUACAACAAACCGCCAGCAGCGAACAUGUACUCGUCGGCCAUCAUCCCCAACUCCAGCAACAGCCAUCAUCCGAAAUCUCCCUGUCUCCGCGUAGCAGUCUAUCGAUGGAAACACCACCCGCAUCUCCCAUGAAAUACAACCCCGCCAACGAACAAAAUGGCUCACAACAGCAUUUGCUCAAGGAAGAGCCAACCUAUGCCAAUGCCGGAGCUGUCCUGCAAUCGUUAUAUCAACAGCCCAGUCCUGGGGGUAAUCGUACACAAACAAAUCCCUAUGAUUUGGACUCGACCGUAUUGGAUUGUAUGAUGCUGGAGGCCAGAUUGCAAAAAUUGAAUAUGUCCGCACCGCUGAACUUGGGUGCACCUCUAUCACCAAUUUCCGAAAAACCUUCACUGCUGGAUUUACCACAAGAAAUGCUAAGUCGUUCAUCGUCCACAUCGAAUACUCGAUCCGUUUCGGCGGCAGUUAGUAAUGAAUCUGUGGCCGGAGAUUCGGGAGUGUUUGAAGCUUCGCGGGCACAUUUGCCACGCAAGGAAUUGGCUCAAGUUCAAAUUGGUUUGAAAUAUCUAAAGAAGGAGGGGGUGUUGGUGGUGUCACUGGAACGUGCCAAUAAUUUGUCGGCGCUAUGGUCGGCCUCAACGGAGAACUCGCAAGUAUAUCUACGUGCCGCCUUACUGCCCAAUUCCCUGACAUCAAUACGCACAAAAGCCAUGUCCGACUUCCAGAAACCCGUUUUCAAUGACACCUUUGCGGUGCCAAUUUCCUUGGGUAAACUCUGCACCAAGAGCCUGCAUGUCACGGUGGUCAGUAUGACCGGCCAAAAGGAGGAAAUUAUUGGCACUGUCCAAAUUAGUAUGGCAGAAUUUAAUCCCGAUGACUCCACCCUUAAAUGGUAUAAUGUGUUGAGUUCGAAAUUCAUGCCCACCUUUGAGCCCAUUGAUAUGCCCUCAACAAGUGCAGCAGCGGCGGCAAAUCAUCAUCAGCAUAGCAGCACGGUAAGCGGUAGUUCUGCAAACAGCACCACCAAUGCCACAACACAUGCCUCUGCCUGCAAAGAAGAAUCUUCCGAUGAAUCGACAAUAACAUCCUCCCAAACAUCGACACUAACCCGCAAUCAGGCACCACCCUUUGAAAUGCAGGCACAAAUUGCUGAAGAUUUAAGAGAAAAUCUCGGCCUGGAUGAUGAGGAUGAAGAGGAAGACGAUGAUGAUGAAGACGAGGAGGAGGAGGAAGAAGAGGACGAAGAAGAAUUGGAGGGUGCAAUUGGAAGUGAUUUCACCAAAAAAAUGUUAGAUGCCUAUAUGGACAACAUGAAACAGGAAUAUGUUGAUAAGGAAACCAACACCGAAUGUGCCUUCCCCCCAGAAAAAUCUCGUUCUCAACAGGCCCAACAGGCGGCCGAUGAUAGACCCGUUAAGAGAUCACAAACAUUUACACCAUCUGCGGCAGUGGGUAAAAGCCGUUACAUUUGCCGUUUAAAUCGUAGCGAUUCCGAUUCUGCCAUGCAUUUUGGUGUUACGCCACAUCCUUUCCAUCGUGGAGCCGUUGAAAGGAGAUCACUGAGAUUCCAUACCAAGGCUCCCAAAACUGCCACAAAAUUAAAUCAUACUCACAUACCACGCACCAGUUUGGACCUGGAAUUAGAUCUACAGGCCCAGCAUAGUAAAUUAGAUUUCCUUAAUGAUCAAAUUGCUAAAUUGCAAAAUUUAAAAGAAGCUUUGGAAAAGGCUAGGGAUAACAAAGAUCCCUUGAUUGCCGCCUGGGCCAUUGAAAAUGAGGAAUUCCAACGUUUAGUUGAACGUGCCGAUCCCAAUAAAUGCCCCGAGGAGAAACAGUUACAAAAGCUGCUCAUGAAAACCACCAAGAAAAUCUAUAAAUUGCGCAAAACAAAAGUACCAAAGGGUUGUCCGGAUUUAGUGUCAUUCAAAGAGAAAAUUUCAUUUUUCACACGUAAAGGUUUAUCGGUACCAGAAUUACCAACCGAUUUUAUGCUAUCCGAAGCCGAUCCCAUUGAAGAAGAAGAGGAAGUUGAAGAUUUACCAGAAAACCAAAAUAAUUAUAUUGUAGAAGAGAAUGACGACGACGAAGAUGAUGAUGAGGAUUAUGAUGAUAAUGCCGCCGAAACAGCAAUUGCCAUUAAUACGGCUCUCGUAGCCAGUAGCAUAAGAAACAAGAAUCUCAAUGAGAAUCAUAUUGGUGGCGCCAGUAGCCGAAGACAAGCGGCUACACAAAAUGCCACCAAUAAAUUGCUAGCCGAAACUAGUAAUAAAAUGAAAGCAUCCGCAGCAGCAGCAACAACAUCAACUACCACAACAACAACAGAAAAUCACCAAAACACCAAAGAUCAGAAAGAUGGUAAUAAUAGUGAUGCCGCCGAUAAACAACGUUUUGAAUAUGUAGUCGAUCGUACUUAUGGUGUUGAAGUGUGA